AUGCCGCCUUCAGGCAUCUUUAWGUUACACCCAGAACGGGUGGAGGCUCUCRAGGUUAAGACGGAAUCGGUAAGCUCUCGUUUUUGGUGUCAGUUUUCAGGUAAUCUGGGAAUACAGAUGGCGGCGGGUUACGGCUACUUUUGCAGCCAUCACAGCGAAGCUGUCAGCUACUAYAAGGAGCAAAUGCAGAGCAACAAGAAGCUGCAAAUUUYGAUUAGAAAAAUCGAUCAGCUGCCUCUGGCGCGAAGAUUAACGAUUCCUGAAUGUUUCUUGCUGGUGACUCAACGCAUCACAAAAUAUCCGGUUCUGUUGGAGCGAAUCAUCCAGAACACAGACGCUGACACACAUGAGCACAGGCAGCUGGAGAAAGCUCUGGAGYUGAUCAAGCACACCAUCUCCCAGGUGAACACCCAGGUGAGUGAAUGUGGGAAGACCGCUCGCCUCAGAGAGAUCAUCCAUCGACUGGAGCAUAARACUCAGGCCAAGCUGAAAGAUGGCCGCUGGUUGUGCAGAGAGGACCUGAGGCAGGGCAAMAGGACCCUGCUGCAUGAAGGACCCCUCACCUGGAAGUCGUCCGGUAAACAAAAAGAAAUCCAUGCUGUGCUGCUGUCAGAUAUGCUGCUUCUGCUACAGGAAAAAGAUCARAAGCUUGUAUUUGCUGCCAUGGAUAGCAAGCCGCCAGUGAUCUACCUGCAGGGAGUGAUUGUCAGGGAAGUGGCCAAGGAGGAAAGAGCCAUGUACGUCAUCUGUGCGUGUCCCUCCGGCUCSCCMGAAAUGUACGAGCUCUACACGAGCUCCAAAGAGGAGUGCAAAACCUGGAUGGACCUCAUACGCGACAUGGCAGAAAGUUGCAGAGACAAUGAAGUGCACAAAGAAAUGGUUACUAAACUGCAGCAGUAUCAAGAUAAGCUGCAGAAAAGAGACGAGCAGAUAAAGAAAAUUCUGGAGAAGAAACAGGAAAUUUUUGCUGAACUUUAUAGCGACGUGGUGGGUCAGAAAAGCCUUUACGACGGGCUGCUGCUGCGAGGCGAUACUUCUGACCUCCAGCAGGGGGAGGCCUUGUUGAGUGGGGCCAUCGAAGAGGUGGAAAAGUUACAGAACCUGCUCUUUAUGAUGAUUGAACAUCCAGCCGCUCCUGAGGGGGAAACGGAGACACAGCAAAGUGUCAGGAGGGCACAAACCUUCAAAGGCUCUCUGGAUAAUCUGGUAGCUAACAGCAUGAAAUACGAAGAUGCAGCUGAAAAGGUGCCACGCAGGUACAGCAGCUGUGACCUUCUGCUCAAGAACAUGUCGAUCUCUGAAGACCUGGGGAAGUCUACUGAUGAUGAUGAUGAUGAUGAUGAUGAUGAUGAAAGUGGAUCCUACCCAAAGCUGCUCUGUGGUUCAGCCUGCGGUGGUUUCCCUGGGACAGCGGUGCUUGAUAGCGUUCAGUCGCUGGUGCAGAAGCUCUACAGCUUACAGGCCGUCAUCGCCCAGCAGGACAGCAGUAUCGAACUGCAGAAGCUCUUCCAGUCAAAGAGCAAGCUGCCCGUCCGCAGCAACACCAACGCGCUGCUUGAGAAGGAGAAGGAGCGCAACUUGGAGAAGCAGAAAGCGGAGCUGGCUAAGCUGCACAAGCAGCAGGUCCAGCAUCAAGCGGAGCAGCAGCGCUGGGAGAAAGAGAGAGAGAAGCAGCGGGUGCUGAUGGAAAGUCAGAACGCUGACCUGCAGCAGCGGGAGGAGAAGUGCAGGAAGAUGGAGGAGAUGCUAAAAGAAAAAGAGCUGAAGCUGAAGCAGACUCAGGAGACGUACCAACAGGACCUGGAGAGACUGAGAGAGACCACACAGAAACUGGACAGGGAGCGGGAGGUGAUUAAACGGGACAAGGAACGUUUGGAAAAGAUGAAGGCAAAGCUUGUCAACCAUUAUGACGAUCCGACAUGGACUCCGGCGCUCUCCACUGUCCCAUCAUUCAGGAGCAGCAUAGUAAACGGAGCAGGGACGUUGACCCCAGUUCCCAAUCCACAGGUCUUUACUGGUAACUCUCCUGACCCGGCAGAAUCUCCUCCACGGGUUCCGCCCCGGAGCACCAGCAUCAGAAUGAGCAGGCAGAUGCUGCCGGUUCAGUUGAUAAGCACCACCAACCAGGUGCAGACCCCUGUGGAGGUGCAGCAGAAGAUUCCUAAGAAGCUGGCGGCCGAACCCAAAAGGAAGGAGAAAACCAAGUCAAAGCGCUCCCACAAGAGAGCCCACAGUGCAGCCAAUAUAGACGUAACCCAGGUGGUCCCGAUCCGGGUGAUGGGGAAAAACGGAGGCAGUCUUAAAGCCCAAAUAAGCACAAGUCCAAAAAGAGUUUUAAGUUCAGAUACCUUCAGGUCACCAGGAUCUGCCCAAAACAUAAAGCCGUCUCAGUCGUUCAUCGCACCGAAGUGGAACAACGUUGGUUCUCUUCCGCCGCCGCCGACCCCUCCUCCCUUCCCAAAAGACAUGCAUUCGACAGAACAAGAAAAGGUUUUUGUUCUUUAACGGAGGAGUUUGGAUGUGAGCAGCAGGAAGACAUUUUUAAUCCAGAUGAGAAAUCUUCGAAGAGUUGCACUUUUGCCAAAAAAAAAAAAAAACAAUCCAAAAAGUUUGGACUUUUGUAAUUAUGAAAAAAUAUAUAUUUUAAAUGAUUAUUUUAAUACACAAAGACUCUGACCCAAAGUUUAUUUUUUAUUUUAAUUAAACUCUUAAUCUUUAACUUUAAUAGCAGUAAUAAUGUGUGUACAACUUUGGUUUAACAAGUUUACGUCUGUAAAUAUAAAGAUCUUCAGGUUUCUGCUUCUCGGUUUGUGUACGAAUCGGUCCGACUUGUUACUGAAAAUGAACAAUCCAUGUAAAUGGCAGCAGAUUGUGCAGACUGAGUUUUAUACACAGUAUUGACAGAUAUUUAAAGUUUCCGACAAAUGUGUUUGAGUUCAUAACAAUUCUGCCUCUGACAGCCUGUUCAUGUUUUGGUAUAAUCAUGUUGUUCCCGGUUGAAACUUUGUAAACAUGAACUGGUUUUGUGUAAAAAUGGUCAAACGUCAACUGAACGGCAUGCAAUUAAAACAUUUUAAAUUAAGAACUCAAA